CAAGGAAACUAGUCCACAAUUUCAUCAAGAAGGUCUUUAAAAUUUAUGUCUGAACCAACAACUUGCAUACCAUGGUCCUCAGUUCCUCACAAUUGGGAGUAAUUAUACUGAUUUUUAGAUUGAAACUGGUCUCAAUGUCAUUUCUACAUAUGAACCAUAUAGAGUUUACUCACAUAUACACAUUUCAAUCCAAUCCUAACGACACAUGGCACUACUGUUAUGCAUUCGAAGAAAGAAAACAAGAAGCGCUCACGCCGUCACGCGUCCGGAAGCCAAGCUGGUCGCCCGUCCGCCAUCCUUUCCAAAUCUGCACCAAAUCGGCCUCCUGCCUGAAACACACGCGAGGGGCCUUCUCCCGCGGCCUCCCCGCUCGCGUAGCCCCGGCGCCCGCUCUCUGCUGCUCUAGGGUUUGCCUUCAAUGGGGAACCAGAAAAGGCGGGGAUUGAUGAGUUAGAGACAUUCAUGGGCAAAAGGGUCAUUUCGCGUCUAGUUGGCACCAAGGGUUCUGUAGGGACCGAGAUUCUGGAUACCUCACUCCCUUGAUUCAGAAUGACUCCACUGAGUCAUUGCUCCGUUGGCAAUGUCAGCCUGUUUCACAUCGGAAGCUACAGGACCACCCGAGAAAUCCAGAUAAGAAGGUUCCAGGGCUCGGCGAGGUAUUCGAGAGUAGCAUCGCCGUCGCCUCGGAGACUGCUGCAGCCGCAAACAGCGUUCCACCUGAUCAGUAUCUACAAGAGAAGAAGCUGGUCCUCUCCCCAGAGGCCAAGAACCUUGUCCGCGGCGACCGUGGGGACUGAUGUCACUGUGGAGGAUCUGAAUCCGUCUCCCUCGGAGGAAGCCUCCGAUGGGAACUCUGAGGCUGCACCUGACGCCGUUGAUGCGAGCGAGCAGGCCGAGGCUAGCACGGGACAAGCCUCUUCUGCUCGCAAAUUGGGACGCAACAUACGGAAGAGCGAGAUGCCUCCUCUGAAUGAGGAGGAUCUAGUGCCUGGCGCAUCUUUUACUGGGAAGGUGAUGUCUAUCAAGCCAUUCGGAGUUUUCGUUGACAUUGGGGCAUUCACAGAAGGCCUUGUCCAUAUCUCCAGAGUAAGUGAUGGGUUCGUGAAAGAUAUAUCUUCUCUCUUCACUGUUGGACAAGAGGUGUCAGUGAGAUUGCUUGAAGCAAAUAAGGAAACAAAGCGUAUCUCUCUGACGAUGAGGGAAGGCGAUGACUAUGUCAAGCCUCAAAAAGAAAUGCCGAAGGCUGCAAAUGGUGGGCGGAGUGCCACCGCAACUCCUAAAAGCUCGCCAAGGCAAACAAGGGAAAGGCAGGAACUCAAGGAGACACUUGAGUCAAAAUAUGUACCAGGGCAAUCUCUGAAUGGCACUGUGAAAAGCACAACGAGAGCAGGGACAUUUGUGACGUUGCCUGAUGGGAGUGAAGGAUUCCUUCCCAGAGAAGAGGAAGCAUUGGCGUUAUUUACCCUUAUCGGACAAUCUGCAAUGGAAAUUGGUAAACAGAUAAGGGUUAAAGUACUGAAUGUUGCACAGGGUCAGGCCACUUUGACGAUGAAAGGGGUGGAAGAUGAUGAAGACGAUCUGAAGACGCUAAAUAUGGAGCUUAAGCGGGACUGGUCCAGAGGGACUAAUGCGUUCGAGUUGGCUUUCCGUAGGAACAAAGAGAUAUCUGCAUUCUUGGAUCAGAGGGAAAGGACCAAAGUGCCGGCUGAUACUUCAGUUUCUGCUCCGGAAGCUGAAAGCUAUCAGGAGGAAGCUGCUCCAGAAGAUGAGGAAAGUAGUGAAGAAUUGAGCUCUGUGUCAGAAGUAGCAACUGAUGUUUCUCCUCCUGUAUCUGAUGCCUCCUCUCAGGUGGGAAUUCAGUAUUCUACUUCUGUGGCAAAUGCUGCUGAGGACCAAACUGUAGGAUCUGAAAGUUCACCUACAAUUAGUGUUGAACUGUCCUCCAACGGGACCCCAGAUAGCUCUAUUGUGUCUUCAGUUUCAGAAACUGCAGAUAAACCUACUGAACCUGAAGAAUCUUCAGCGGUAGAAGAGGUUCUUGUAACUGCAAGCAGCGAGGCAGGGAAAGAACCAGCUGCUGACACUGAGGCUGUACCAGCCUUGAAUGAGAAAACUGGUGCCGAGGUUGCUGCUGCUGCUGGAGUUGCACAAGCAAGCACCACGACAGCCACUAUUUCUCCUACCCUUGUCAAGCAAUUGCGUGAGGCAACUGGAGCAGGCAUGAUGGACUGCAAAAAGGCUCUUGCUGAAACAGGGGGUGACAUAGAUAAAGCUCAAGAAUUCCUACGGAAGAAAGGGUUGGCGGCUGCUGACAAGAGGGCUGGCAGAGCAACAGCUGAGGGAAGAGUUGGCUCUUACAUACAUGACAGCAGAAUCGGGGUCCUUAUUGAAGUGAAUUGUGAGACUGACUUUGUGUCUCGAGGUGACAUUUUCAAAGAGUUAGUUGACGAUCUUGCCAUGCAAAUUGCUGCUUGCCCUCAAGUGCAGUACAUCUCUAUUGACGACGUCCCUGAGGAGCUUGUGAAGAAGGAGACCGAGCUGGAGAUGCAGAGGGAGGACCUUUUGUCGAAGCCUGAGCAGAUCCGGGCUAAGAUUGUCGAAGGGCGUGUAAAGAAGAGGCUUGGAGAAUUCGCGUUGUUCGAACAGCCAUUCAUCAAGAAUGACAAGGUCACAAUAAGUGAGUGGCUGAAGCAAACUAUAGCUACAACUGGAGAGAAUAUGAAGGUCAGGAGAUUUGCCCGGUACAACCUAGGUGAAGGGCUGGAGAAGAAAAGCCAGGAUUUUGCUGCUGAAGUUGCAGCCCAGACAGCAGCGAAGCCGCCACCAUCUGCUCCUCCCAAGGAGGACAAGCCUGCUGAAACAACAGAAUCCGCCGAGAAGAAGCCGGCUGUUGCAGUUUCAGCCUCGUUGGUGAAGCAACUCCGAGACGAAACCGGCGCUGGCAUGAUGGACUGCAAGAAAGCUCUGGCCGAGUCUGACGGCGACCUUCAGAAGGCUCAGGAGUUCCUGAGGAAGAAGGGCCUCUCAUCCGCAGACAAGAAAUCCUCUCGGCUAGCCGCCGAAGGACUGGUCGGCUCCUACAUCCACGACAGCCGCAUCGGGUGCAUGAUCGAGGUCAACUCCGAGACCGACUUCGUGGCCCGCAACGACAAGUUCAGGGAGCUGGUGAACGACCUCGCGAUGCAGGUGGUAGCGUGUCCGCAGGUCGACUACGUCUCGGUGGACGACAUCCCGGAGAGCGUCGUCGGCAAGGAGAAGGAGAUCGAGAUGCAGAGGGAGGACCUGCAGUCGAAGCCCGAGAGCAUCAGGGAGAAGAUCGUGGAAGGGCGGAUCGCGAAGAGGCUCGGCGUGAUGGCCCUCCUGGAGCAGCCCUACAUCAAGGACGACAGCAAGACGGUGAAGGAUCUCGUGAAGGAGACGGUCGCCUCACUCGGGGAGAACAUUAAGGUGCGGAGGUUUGUCCGGUACACCCUGGGCGAGGACUGAUCGGUGUGAGGUCGGGCAGCGAUCCCUCCGUCGCAGCGCAGCGCAGCCCUGGCAUGAGAAGUCGGGCACGUUUUUGGCAUGAGAAGGUCUGUGACUCGGUUCCAUCUGUAAUUCCGUAUCACCUGUUACUGCUGUUCGUGGUUCAGAAGAGUAAGAGGGGUUGGUUAGUAUAUCCAUCAAAGCAUAUAUAUAUAUACAACAUUAAGGCAAAUUGAAUUUUGUAUCUUUUAUCUGUGCUUCGUUUCAAAACAUGAUCGAAUUGUAGCAUGGACGUAUGGUCUUGGCCAA